AGUUGGCCGACUGAAGUUGCGGGAGGAGUGAGACGUUGUCGCUGUCUAUGCACCAGUUUGCAUCACAGAGUCCACCACAAGCAUAUCUGAGGAAAUGACAUUUCUUGCUUUUGAAGACACGCAUUGCAACAGCCGCAGCGUCGAUGAGAAGCAGUCGAGGAACUCCAUUCUAACUGGAUGGAUUGGCAUGGGGAGAAGCGGACCCCAAAUCACGGCUAAGCGGCGGCUUUGGGACUGUUUAUCGUGGACGAUGGUUGUACUUUCUCUGCUGUUUCGACCAGCUCACUGCCAGCAGUGUCGAAUCCAGCGUUGCAAUGCGGAAUAUGUUGCAUCUACCUCACCAGUGAGUGGUCUACAGGAGGACGCGGCUGUGGACGUGGACUACUGCACUGCCCUGCGGGCCUACGACCUCUGCACACGGAGACAGGCACGCGGUUGCAGGGGGGACCUGGUUUACCACUCCGCAGUUUUCCGCAUCAAGGAGCUGUUCUCGCAGCACAACUGCUCCAGCGACGGACCCACCUCCCCGGACAGGAGGCGCUCGGGGUCCAGCACGUCCAGGCCGGCGGUGCCGGAGCUCUGCAACUACGAGAGCCGGGUCCUCGUGUCGGGCUCGGCCGGUCAGCAGCAGAAGUACGCCCACUGUGGAUUAUUUGGCGACCCGCACCUACGGACGUUUCGAGACGAGUUUCAGACCUGCAAGGUUGAAGGGGCGUGGCCUCUGAUCGAUAACCGCUUUCUGUCAGUGCAGGUGACCAACGUCCCUGUUGUCCUGGGCUCCAGCGCAACAGCAACCAGCAAGGUUACCGUUAUCUUCAAGACAUAUCAUGGUUGUACAGAACAAAAGGUUUACCAGGCCACCACCGAAGACCUGCCGCUGGCUUUUCAGGACGGGACUCGGAGCGGCGGCGAGAGCGGCAGCCUGACCAUCGCCGAGCGCGGCGGCGGCUCGGGCGUGGGUCGCCACGUGAAGAUUCAGGCCCGCUACAUCGGCGUCUCCGUCAUCAUCAGGCGCGUGGGCAGCUACCUGACCUUCGCCAUCCGCAUGCCCGAGGCCACGCUGGACUUCUCGGAAGACGGCGGCGGCCUGCAGCUGUGCCUGCACGGCUGCCCCCGCAACGAGCUCAUCAAAGAGCACACGCUGAGCCGCCAGAGCCUGCAGCCGCACCCGCAGGGCCCAAACAGGGAGCUCGGGCCGCUGCGGCCGCCUCACCAGGUCUACACGGUGGAGAGGGCGACAGCCAAGUGUAGAGAGACUCUGCAGGUGGAAGACGUUUACUUCCAGUCUUGCGUGUUUGACUUGCUGACGACGGGAGACCCGGAGUUUUCCAUGGCAGCCUACGGCGCUCUGGAGGACUUGAAGGCGCUGCCACCCAGUAAACUGAAACAAGACUCCCCACGGAGUCGUCCGGUUUUUAACGGAGGUGAAACACAGACGCUGGCUGCGACAGGAGCCAACAACUCCCUGCUCUCACUCCUCCUCCUCCUCAUUCUGCUGCUGUAAAAMUACAGCAAAUUAACAAAAAGGAAUAUGAACACAAGGCAUGGAAGCAUUACCAGCUUGAUGAAAGAGUGACUAGAGCACCAGCGCUGUAGCAAUAGUUUUAUUUCUUCAUUAAUGUACGGGARCAACAAAGACUUUCUGCUUUUCUCAUCUGAAGGAUUUCACCCUAAAACUUUAGAAAUGAUGUUUGACUGCGUGGAGUUUUUUGGUGCAUUUCAUUAAAAAAAAAGUGAGAUCUAAAACAAAAUACUGACUUCAAGUGAAAAGUGAAAAAUCAUACCCAGAGUUUAUCUGAACUUUUCUGUUUUUAUUUAAAGUGUGUAAAAUCACUAAACACUCCAGACUGAAUGAAGUUGGAUAUCAUGUCACACAGUAUGACAGUAUCUAAGCUUUUUUUUUUUUAAAUUUAGAGUAUUAAGGCUUCUGUAUCAUGUCUCAGUAUCAAAAGCACUUAACAGUUUUAGCAGCAUGUUGUGUGUAUAAUGAUCUUUUGUGUGUMUUUUCUCAAACUGGCAUACUGACUCCACAGGAUCCAACAACUGUAUGUGAAAACUACCUAUGUGUCAUCAGUUCUCAUUGUUUUGUAUGUAAAAACACUCCCUCUUCAAGCUGCCCGGCUUCCAGUUUUAAACAUUAAAAAAAAUCUUGAAAGCAUUGAUAUAAUAAUAUAUUGAAAGAGUGUAUAUAUGUGUUUUAUAUUGUGUAAAUAAGCCUGUGUAUAGAUGUUUUAACUGUAAUGUGUUUGUUUAGUUGGUUAUUUUGAGUCAUUGUAAGAAAAGUCAACUAAUAUGUGUUGUGCUGUAUUUCUAAUUUUCUGUAUUAAAGUGGUGAACACCAUGUUCUUCACCGUU